CCUUCCAUGAAUGAAUUUCCUUUAGAAGGCGUUCUCUUAAGGGCGCCGGCCUCCUCUUUCAUCAUUAUACAGUUCCAACACUAUACAGCAUGAGAUAGUAAAUCUAAUCAAAUCUUUUCACUUUCUUUUUUCUUUCGUUGCUGAAGAAGAGAAGAGAAGGGAAGAAAGAAAGAAUUAAUCUUCAAUCUUUGUGAAUAAUUGGAAAGUGUAGUUAACUUCUGGAUGGCGGAGAUAUGUUGUGGAGUUGUUAACGAGAGUGAGACAUCGACACCGUGCGAGCAAAGCUCACGUGCAGCACGCCGGAGGAGAAUGGAGAUCAGACGGUUCAAAAUUGUCACUGAAGUGGCGCCACCAGAAACGGAAAACGAACAACAGAAACGGUCGAAGCUGGAAGUUUAUACGACGUCGUGUUCUCGUGACCGCGAUUUCUCUGUAGAGAACUGUGCUUCAGAUGAGGACGAAAAACAACUAAUAAUAAAGGUAGAAAACGGAAAACUGGAAAGUAAAGAGAUAUCGAUACCGAGUCAUUGUUUAAGGUUUUUAGUACUGCCAGAAUCGUACCCUAAAUACGGUGUCGCAUCGGUUUGUGGGAGAAGAAGAGACAUGGAAGAUGCUGUGGCAGUUCACCCAUCCUUUUUCGGCCAAAAAUAUGAAACCACCACUGAAGAGUUGCAUUAUUUUGGUGUUUAUGACGGCCACGGCUGCUCUCAUGUGGCGAUGAGAUGUAGAGAGCGGCUGCAUGAGCUGGUGAAGGAAGAGCUAGAAAACAAGGGAGCGGAAAUAACAGAAUGGAAGGGGUUGUUGGAAAGAAGCUUCAAGCGCAUGGACAGGGAGGUGACAGUGUGUAAUGCCGCAGCGGUCAAAGCCACGUGUAGGUGUGAGCUUCAAACGCCGGAGUGCGAUGCCGUUGGAUCUACGGCGGUUGUUGCUAUUAUGGUGGCGGAUAAGAUUGUCAUUUCUAACUGUGGAGAUUCCAGGGCGGUUUUGUGUCGUAACGGCAAGGCACUUGCUGUGUCUUCCGAUCACAAGCCGGAUCGACCCGAUGAGCUGAACCGGAUCCAAGCGUUGGGUGGUCGGGUGAUCUAUUGGGACGGGGCGCGAGUAUUGGGAGUGUUGGCUAUGUCAAGAGCAAUCGGUGACAAUUACCUGAAACCGUACGUGAGCUGUGAGCCAGAGAUAACAAUCAUCGAUCGGACGGCGGAGGAUGAUUGUCUGAUACUAGCAACGGACGGUCUGUGGGACGUGGUGUCAAAUGAUACAGCAUGUGGGGUAGCGCGUAUGUGCUUACGUGGUAAAGUUCGUGCAGCAGCUGUAACAACUACAUCAUCACCACCAUUAUCUCCGACGCAUAAUGAGGUGGAGGCCGCCAAUAACGGGUGGGAGAAAUCGGACAAGUCAUGCUCGGACGCAGCAUUGUUACUGACGAAGCUGGCAUUGGCGAGGCACAGUAGCGACAACGUGAGCGUCGUGGUGGUAGAUCUUAGAAAAGCCACAUAACGAAAUCGUGAAACUAAGUUGGGUUAGUCUAUUGGGGCGUUGGAGUCGAGGGUUUCUUUUCCUUGGUGUUGAACUUUCUUUCGUUCUUUAUUUUUAAAAAAAAAAAAAAUUGAGGGUGAAGAUGAAGAUGAAGAAGAAGAAAUGGAUACUGUUGCAAAGGGAAAAUGGAUACAUAUCCAAGAAAGAAAGAUUGGAUUGCUAAAUGUUUUUCCUUUUACCUAUUUUUUUUGUGGUUUUCAUUUCAUUUUCAGAUGGGAAUAUAUCUUUUCUUCACCGGAACUCAGGAAUAUGAAAGAGUGUAAUAGUUUGUGAAUUGAAUAUAAAAUAUUUGAAAUCAA